AUGCACAAGAUCACAGUCGUCAACCAAGACGUUGUCGAAACUCAGAAUUUUGACUCCGCAGAUUUCGAAUCCACAGAACAUGCAACUGGCAAACAACAAAACAUAUCGCAUGGAUGCUGUCCAAAACGAAAGCGAAAGGUUAUAUGUGUAACACUACUGAUUGCCAUUGUCUCCGUGAUCGUUAUUUGCAUUUUAAUACCGACAGUAAUUCUGAACAGAAACGAAACUAGGUCAAUCACGACAGAAACAGCAGCAACAGCAGCGACAACGGAGACCACAACAGGGACAGCGACAACAACGGAGACCACAGCAGGGACAGCGACAACAACGGGGACCACAACAGGGACAGCGACAACAACGGGGACCACAACAGGGACAGCGACAACAACGGGGACCACAACAGGGACAGCGACAACAACUGGGAUCGCACCAGGGGCAGCAACAACAGUUACGCCAGAUCCAAUAUCAAUGGCUGCUGUUGACAGACAAGUCUAUGGUGUGUGUAAUACACCUGCAGGUGCAGAUAGCGUCGCAGCAAGUGCUGGUGAGUGGCAGUGUCACUAUAUGGUAAGAGAGUCUCCAGACAAAGCAUGUGAUGGUAAUGUAUCGACGAAGUAUCUCAGCUUUGGAGCGUGCUAUAAUGGAGGCAAGGGUCCUACUUGUGGGAUGGGUACGGGUUUUUAUCUUGAAUUAAGCCGUGGUCCAACAUUAGUAAAUGGAAUGAAAGUUUGCACAGCUAAUGAUUUCGAUCAGCGCGAUCCAAUUCAUGUAUCAUUAGAAGGAAGUAAUUUGCCAGGAAGAGAUCUUUCUCUCGGCAGUAGCUGGACUCUUCUGUACGAUGGCUCCAGUGGACUUGAGACAGAUCCUGGUCGAAAAGAAUGCGGACCACUGCAACUUUUUAAUAACACUAAAGAAUACAGAAGUUAUCGAUUUCUAGUGUCUGCCAAACGAAACAUAUCAUACUCUGUUCAGUAUUCUGAAGUGCAAUUAUACAGUCUGCGAUCGUAA